AUGAUUAUCUCACUCAACAUAAUAUGUAUUAAAAAUAAUAUAUAUCUAGAAAUCUUGGAGAACUAUGAUAAAUAUUCAUUCAUAACAUUUAUUUUGCCAAUAGUAAUAUAUUAAUAGAACAACAAAGAGAUAUUUAUGAAUAGGUAUUUUAUGAUGAUAAAAUUGCUACAUCUCCUUUUAUUGAUGUUGUAUUAUAGUUUACAAGACAUUUAGAAUGGUUAGCCAGUUAUUCAAUUCCUUAUAGUAACUUUACUCUUUCUAGCCAAAAACUAUAACCCAGAAGGAGAACCCAAAUCUACACAGGACAAUACAACAAUGAUUGAGGAAACAUGUAAUUUGAAGUCUCAUCUAGAACAUGAAAAAAUUUAUGAUAAUACAAAUGGAAUAGCUGGUGUAAUAUUAUUAAAUGAAUAGUUUGAAAUAAUUUAUUAGAAUAAAAAAUCAUCUCAUUUAAUUAAGGAUAAAUCAAUAAAUGAUUUAAUUAUGCAAUCUCCAAUUCUAAUUGAUAAAUAAACUAAAUAACUACUCCAAGAAUAAUGUAAUAUCAAAUUAUAAUCAAUCCAAGAUUUCAGAGAUUCUUUAACAUUAACAACCUUAAAGGAAUUAUUGGAAAACAUUAAAUAAAAUAUAAAUCUACCACAUUAAUUAGAUGUAUAUGUAUUAUAAGGUUUUGAGGAUUUUUAUUUUUAAAUUCUUAUUUUAAAGGGUAGAAGUGAUAAAAUAAUUUAUAAUAUACUUUUUUAGUCAAUGAAAGAUUAUGCUCAUUAUAUUAAGAAAAAACAUUAACAAACUACAAUGAAACAAUUAUUUAAGAGUUUUAGUCAUGAAUUAAAUACUUCAUUAAAUUAUAUAUUAGCUUUAGCAUAAGUGGCUUAAUGUCAUGAAAAUGUACCUAAAAUAGUAUCAGAAAAGUAUUUUCUACCUAUUUUACAUUGUGGUAGGAUAAUGCAUAGUUUAAUUAGUGAUAUAAUGGAUUAUAAUUUAAUUUUAAGUAAAUAAUUUAAUGUAGAAGUAAGUAAUUUUAAUAUUCCAUAAUUAAUAAGUGAAGUUGUUGAUUUAUUUAAAUAUUAAAUAAAUUAGAAACAUCUUAAUAUUCAAUUUCAAAAUAAUCUACUUAAUUAUGAUUUAGUUAGUGAUAGAAAUAGAAUUAGAUAAAUUUUAAUCAAUUUAAUAUCAAAUGCUUAAAAAUUCACUUUUUCUGGUUAAAUUAAAAUAUAAGUUGGAGCAGUAAUAAAUAACAAAUAAUUGUGUGUCAUAUUUCAUGUAAUUGAUACAGGAAUAGGAAUGAAAUAAGAAGAAGCAGAAAGAUUGCAUUAACUUUUAUCUUCAGGUAUACCAUAAUCAGUUAGAAUCUCAUAAAAUACAGUGGGUUUUGGAUUGGGAUUAUAUAUAUCAAAUAAGAUUGCUGAAGUAUUAAGUUAAACUAGAUAUGAUAAGGGAGGAGGAUUAAGAUUUGAGUCAAAGUAUUAAUAAGGAUUUCAUGCUUGGUUCAUGGCUAGAAAUUAAUCAUAUAGUCCUGUUUAUUAAUAAAGUAAUCCUACACCUAUUAUUCGAAUUCGUAAGAAGAUAUAGAUUGAUACAAUGGAAUCAUAAAUAAGUAGAGUAAAUGCAUAACCAAUGAGAUAAAAAUUCUCUUAGAUUUUAGGAAUCAAAGAUAUUAAAUCAGAAAGAGGAUUAAGUAAAGAAUUAUCACUUAAAUUGUGUAAACCUCCAUCUAAAAUAGCUAGAGAGUUAUUUCUUGCUGCAAUUACAUCUGAAAGGAGAAUUGAAUCUUUUAGUAUUAAUUAAGAAACAAAUGAAUAAGAAUUUGAAAAUAGAACUAAACAUUUGAAUGAGAAUUUUACAAAUAAUUAGAAAUGCAAUUGUCCCUAAAUUUUGAUAGUUGAUGAUGAAUAAAUAAAUAUUAUGGCUUUAUCAAUGAUGCUAGAUUAAAUGGGUUAUACAAGUGAUUCUGUAUUCAAUGGAGAAGAAUGUGUCAAUCUUAUAUUUAGUAAUUAAAAGAAAAGUAAUUUAUAAUAAAUAUAUAAUAUAGCUAAAUGUAAUAAAUGCAGAUCUUAAUAAUAUCGUAUGAUCUUUAUGGAUAUUAAUAUGCCAAUCUUAGAUGGAAUUCAAACAACAAUAAGAAUUAAAUCCAAAUAUUCUAAUAUAAUUGUUAUAGCUUGCACUGCAUUUUCUGAUACAGAAACUAGAAAUAUUUGUUAUAAAAGUGGAAUGAGUUAUCAUAUUCAAAAACCAGUCAAAAAAGAUUAACUCAUUGAAAUACUAUCUUAUUAUCUAAAUUGA